CUUGUUACGAUUUCGAAAGAUAAUGAAAUUUAUUCAUUUUGAUCGUCGCUCCAGCAGCUCCAGGAUAUACACGUUCGCAACAAGAAGUUAUGUGCAACCUUUGAAACCAAAAUGACCAGACUCGAAAGACUUCAGAGAGUUUUGUGUGUUUUGUUUAGUAUAUUUCUGGUCUGGAGGGCUGUGGGAGCUUUAUUGUACGUCAUCCGGGCAUUCGUGUGCUGUGUAGAGGAGCGAAGAAUCAGCUUCCUUUGCCACAACUUCACGAUGUAUUCUCACUCGUUGGAAAUCGAAAUUUGCUGGGUCUAUUCUCACAUCAUAUCACAAAUUAUUAGCCUAGUGGUGCUCAUCAAAGCACCGACGUUCUUUGGGUGGAAAACUCUUGGAAAAAAGCUUCUCCGUUUGCCGAAUUAUCUAUCAUUGAACUUGCUGUUACUGCUCACCUUGGUUGGAUACUGUGCCAUUUUCAUUUACCAUAAACAAACAGCAUUAGAAAAAACGACGAACUUUGCUUUUAUAAUAAAAGCAAUUCUCUCAGUGGUUUUGAUGGCAGUUUUGAACUUUACUCCUCUUAGUAGGCUAUCGGGACAGCAUCUUUUUUUUCGAGUUCUUUGCAAGACAACCCUGUGUUCUUUCGCUUUGGAUAACGCAUUAUUCUGUCUAGUCGGCACCAUCCAGUUAGCCUUCCGAGUCAACGGAUUGGAUCGCGUACAUCAUUUGUUUAGCAGUGAGUUCCAUAUUCUGUUUACCGCCCUACGCCGCCUUACGAUAGUCGCUUUUUACUACAGGAUCACCGACUUUUUCUGGCAGAAAAUCUUCAUGGAUCGUAACAAUCUUCUCAGCUACGAUCAGAAAUUUGAAGACAGGGACCUUCUGCCAAUCAACUCUAGAGAAAGAGAAAGUUACCAAGCAUUAAUCUGAUGUUUGAGCUCUAGAUUUUGGUAUUUGUUGAUGUUCUACAAACUAGAACCUUCCAUCAACCAUUUACACUGGCAAAGGAACCAAGAAUUUGUGUGACAGACGAAAAGAGGAAGUCCUGUCAUUUGAAUUUUUAACCUUCAAGUCUUUAUGGAAAGCGAGUGGAAAUUCCUUACUGAGACAGUCAGGAAUUCGAUGUGAAGAAAUAACUAGAAAGAAGAUGAGUUCGGAACAAGCAUCAAUCUUAUGAAAUUUUGAAAAACAUCUGAUGUUAUUGAUUUAGAGUUGUUUUAAUUUUACAAAAAAAUUCUACAAAGCUUUUGCUGUUGUAUCACAGGGACAAUCCGACAGAGCUAGGCUCCAAACUAGGUGAAAGCCCAAAUAUGAAAUUAGAAUUUAGAAGUUGAUUUUUGAGGAGGGAGGAAAAUUGUAUUUGAUGAAAGUUUCAAUGCCCGCGAACGUCCUUAACGCAGGAGCUUAGUGCUUCAAAAGAUAUCGUAUUACAUAUUAUUAGGAUAUUAUUAGUAUAUUGUCUAUUAUUGUGCUAUUUUAUAAUAGCGCCAAGAAAUCUUGAUCGGGAACAAACGCAUGAGAAAGGAAGUUUCAGAGUUGAAGUCUAAUGAGGAGAGAGAUCUGGAAACGAGAUAUUAUCUUACACUUGUCCUAAAUAAAGUCCCAACAUUCCAUGCAAGACGUGCCCUUCACCACUCUCUCGGGCUUUUACCUCUUAAACAAGUAUAUUGUAAAAAUUUCAAAUUCUUUUAUUAAUGUUUUUUAAUGAUGUAUUUCAAUAAACGAAUC